ACUGUCGCACGUUUUCAAUAUAACCUCAGUUAUUUUGGUAGCGACCUAGCGCGAACAUCGUAAAUAAAACAGUAGUCCUUCGGUGUAUACAAAUAUUUAACCAGUUCAUACAUAAAUUUUAAAAAAGUGGUAGGCGUACGUGCUUAGGGAGGGAGAACAUUAAUUGAUUCCGACGAUUCCGACAAACUGUACCGUUGGCUUUAAUCGGUGACAACCUAAUCGAUAAGGUCACAAUCAAUUUGAGAGUCGAGUGUUUGGAAUGGAUAUUUAUAACCGGUGCUGUUCUUAACAGUUUGAGAAAAACGUGGGUGUACGCGUCGGGUGUGAUGAAAUUAGAUAUAUUUAGAAAAUGACAUGGAUAGACAGAAGAAAUGGAUUGCGAUCGUCCUUGUUGGUGUUAUAGCGACAGUUUACCUGCUGCAUUCUGGCGCAAACGUAAACGGUACUACUGUACAACCAGAGAAAAGAGAUAAAUAUUUGGUAAAUAGCACAAUGUGUCGAAUUCCGGAUGUCGGCCCUUGGAACAAAGAUUCGCUUUACUACUACAGAAAGAAGAAAUAUGUGCCGUGUACUUAUAAAAAAUUAUUAACGUACAUUAAGAAUAAUGGAAGCAUGGCCGUUUUGUACAUAGAUAAAUCUGCUGAACCUCUUUAUUCGACGAGGGGUCUAACGUGUUGCCUUAGCUACGUCCACAGAGUAUCUGAUAUUAGUGUUAACUUUACAAAAUGUGAAGAAUUUAAAGACAGUAUUGUUUUAAAAGAAAAUACGGUUCUAGUAAAAUGUUAUAAUAGUAAAAAUUUAGAAGAAGUUUAUUCAAAUGCUCAUUCGGCGGCUAUGGUGAGUGAAGAUGUUAAACUUAAAGCUAGAACUUUAAAAGAAAGGUUGGAUCCUCCUAGUGUAUUAUUGGUGGGGAUUGAUAGUGUUUCUCGCUGGAAUUUUGAACGCUUAAUGCCGAAUACAUUUAAUUUUUUAAAGAAACAUAAUUGGGCUAGUUUUGAUGGGUACAAUAAAAUAGACGAUAACACGUUUCCUAACUUAAUGGCUAUACUAACCGGUAGAAAUUAUUCUAGUAUAUUAAAAUAUUGUGAUUGGAGUAAAGUGGGUUUAUUAGAUACAUGUGAUUUUAUUUGGAAAGAUUUUAAAUCGAAUGGAUAUAUUACGGCCUACAGUGAAGAUGAAAUAGCACUUAACACGUUUAGUUACUUAGCACCUGGAUUUCAAGAUCCACCAACAGAUCUUUAUUACAUUCCUUAUAUAAUCGCUGCGGAAUCAAUUUCAUUCACAUCGUUAGACCACAUGAGCUACUGUUCGGGACCUGAAAAUUCUGCAGAAAGAAUUUUUAACACAGCCAAAGAUUUUGCUGUCUCAUUAAAAGAUUAUCCUAAAUUUGGUUUAUUUUGGACAUCAACCGGUAGUCACAAUCGUUUAAAUUCAGCUGGACGAUUAGAUAAACCAACUUUAGAAUUCUUAGAAGACAUCUACACAAAUAACGUUCUGGAGAACACUAUUGUUAUCUUUUUUAGCGAUCACGGUUUAAGAUUUGGACCAUUUUUGCAAACUCGAACUGGAUGGUUAGAAGAAAGAUUACCGUUCCUGUAUAUUUCAAUUCCCCAAAAAUUGAAAAGUAAACUUCCUUUAGAAUAUUCGAAUUUAAUCGGCAAUAAAAAUCGAUUAACUUCACCAUUCGAUUUUCACAUGACUUUAAAAGAUAUUUUAGUGAUGUCGGGGUUGCAAUACAAUGCUACACAAAGUGCCUCUUGUCCCGGUUGUAUUUCGCUUUUUAAACCGGUCAAAGAAGAAAGAAGUUGCUUGGAAGCCGGAAUAACGACUCAUUGGUGUACUUGUUUCGGGUACAAAGAUAUCAAUAUGAACAACGACGUCGUCUUUCAAGCCACCGAAUUUGCAGUUACCUCAAUUAAUAGUGAUAUAAAAGCCAAUUUAGUGUCUUCAACCAAAUGUGCCCAGUUAAAAUUAAAUAAAAUUAUAUCUUCUAGUAUUUCGGAUAAUGUUGGAGGAAAUAGCACAAAUCUUUUAUUGGUCUUCGAAACCAUGCCAGAAAUGAUACUUCAAACUACCGUAAAAGUAUCUUAUGAUAAUAACAAACCGAUUUUUGCUUUGGAAGGAUCUGCAAGUCGUUUGGAUUAUUAUAGAUUAAGUAGCGAAUGCAUUACUUCUUGGGGCUAUAAAAAGUAUUGUUAUUGUAUGUACAAUGUUUUUGAAAAUAUGAAUUUUUUCAAUUUUUGGUUUGAAGUUUGAUGUUAAACGCUAAAAUUUGUGUUGCUUCUACAAGACUGAAUGUUAUUUACAUUAAAAAUUAUGUUGUGCCAUUAAAAAUGUAUUUUUUAAAUUCAAAUUAUAUUAUUAAAGAUAAA